CCCCCCUGCCGCCGCCCCUUCAGGACGAGGAUAAAUGGGAACCUGAGGAGGUUCAUCCACUGAGACGCCAACCAGCUGCAGGAUGAGUUCUGCUCAGAGUCUGGAGGACAAACUGAAGGCCCUGCAGAGCCACUUCACCUGGGAGCUCCGGCCCAGACGGCCCAACAUGACCUGUGAACGGAACAUCCUGGAGGACAUCGGUACCGAUGAGGGAAACUUCUGGCUGGGUCACAUCUACAACCUGCGGGGCUUCGUCCAGUACCAGCUGGGCUCUAGUAAAGACGCCCUGGACCUCUUCAACCGGGCCGCUGAGACCUUCCAGAGGCAGAGAAACGCUGUUGAAGGUCCCUGGCUGAUGGUGAACUUUGGGAAUCGGGCCUGGCUGCACCAUCACCUGGGAAAAGACGAGAGGAGUGAAGACUUCCUGUCAAAGGUCGACGGUCUGAUGAGCAAAUACCAGGCUCCACCUGAGGUAGAGCGCCACCCAGAGGUCUUGGCUGAGAAGGCCUGGACCCUGAUGAUGUUUGAUAAAGAGAAGAAGCAGCAGGCUGCAGAGCUCUUCCAGAGAGCCAUCCGGAUGCAGCCGGACACCGUGGAGUGGCAGAGCAGCUACGCCAUACUAUCGACAGAGUUCCUCAUAAAACAGCAGCAGAUCUUAGAGCCUGAAGUCUUUGAGAGACUGAGAUCAGCCAAAGAACGAGAUCCAGGGAACCUUUAUGUUGCUGCUCUUUAUCUGGAGGCCAAAGCUGCAAAAGGAGAACAAAUCCAGGGUGAGGCAAGAGAGUUAGCUGCUAGGAUCCUGCAGAGACCUCCCAGCAGUUACCAUGGAAUGAGGCCAUUGCUGCGUCUGUAUAGAAACCAAAUCUCUAAAGAUGAAGCUGUUCAAUUAGCUGAAGACGCCUUGAGGAGACAUCCCGACUCACGAUAUUUUAAAAAAUCUGCUGCUAUCUGCCACAUGAAGAGGAUCCUUAAUCCAGACCACCAGGAACCCAAACCUUCCCACGACGCGGUGAACCGAGCCAUCAGUCUGUGGGAGGAAAUGAUUGCAGCUUAUGGUGAAGCUUCUGUGAAACAACAAAUAACUCUAGCAGAAUUACAGGCAAAGCUAGACAAAGAGAAAGCUCAUGGGAUUUACAAAGAGCUGCUGGAAAGAGAAGAUCUGGAUCAAGCAGAAAAACAGAUGCUUUACAACUGUUACGCAAAGCAUUUAUACUUUGUUAGAAAGGAGAGCCGCGAGUCAACGGUUUACCACCUGAGGGCAGCAGAGAUCCAGGUGGAAUCUAACUAUGGAGAGAGCAGCAUUAGAGAGCUGGAGAAGAGCAUCAGGAGAAACAGAAACCCUGAACUGUUUGGAGAAAUAGAAAAUCUUCUGACCAACCUGAGAAUUCAGGAUCAGUAAAAAUUAAAUAUCAAAUCUGCCUGAUGUUCCAGACACGAAAAGUCACUUCAGAUGAUUUUUAUCUCUGUAAAGUCCAAUAAAAUGAUGAAUAAUGUUUGUCACAUUGUUUUACCUGUUGUGAAAAUCAGUAGAAUAAAGCCUUGAGUUUGAGGAAAUGACGUUUCUUUUAUUAUUUAGCUGUAAAGAGCUGCAGCUGAAACCAAAGGUGGUUCUGCAGAGUUCUGACCCGCUAAACGUCCAGACUGUUGGGCCACACACACCUGUGUGUGUUGAGUGUGAGGGAGGAGGGCCGGCUCCAUCCAGAGGCAACAGAAGCUUCACCAGCCCUGGCCCUCAGCUGAUCCGACCCACUGGCUGAGCUACAGCAGCAGACGCUCUGUUUCGCUUCUCCCAUUAAACACCAAGUUAACUAAAAUCUCUCCCUCUUCAGAUGUCAAUAAGCUGCAUUUCCCUCCCAAUUCUUUUUCUUUUGCAUAAUGACCAGUUGUUGCACCUAUAGUGUGUGAAGUAGAGGAAUCCUAACAGGUUUUUUCUUCAUGUUGGCUGCAUUUUCUGUACUGACUAUUUAUUUUUCUCAUUUUCAGCACUGACCUUACUGAAAGGGAAAACUUCAGGCUUAUAGAAACUUUGUAUUUUCUGUCCUGGAGGGUUUACUAAGAAGCUGGUUCAGUUGUAAAGCAGGUCAAGUUAAUCUAAAGCAGGUUAAGUUAACCUAAAGCAGGUUAAGUUAACCUAAAGCAGGUUAAGUUAAUCUAAAGCAGGUUAAGUUAACUUAAAGCAGGUUAAGUUAACCUAAA